GGGGGUCCCAACAAAUGGAGCUUUCCGGUGUGUUUGGAAAGUAAAAGAGGCUCUUGCAAAAACAAAGAAGAAAAAGGGAAAAACCAACCCAGGAGGGAAGUCCUUGUAUGGGUUUUCUCAUCGAGAAUCAGACUCUGGGGAGGAGGAAGUUGUUGGCAAACCAACUUCAAUCGAGAUCUUUUUUUUGUUUCUUUCUUUCCUCCUUCAACCCACCCUAAGAGGAAACUUUAAAAAAAAAAAAACAACCCCAAAAAACUCAUGUCGCACAAGAUCUGUGGAGGUGCCUAGCAUCUGCGGUUCGCACACGGCCCGGAAGAUCUCCCCACCCCUGGAACCAAGAUGUCUCUCAAACUGCCACGGCGUCGCUGGGAUUUCAACCUGAAGAUGGACAUGUCCAAAAUAGUUCGCUCCCAGAGUAUGAUGGCCGUCGGUCCCAAGGGCUCCAGCAACUGGUCCCAUCUUCCUAACCCGCAGGAGCGGCCUCUGAAAGCCGGCUGGCUGAGGAAGCAGCGCUCCAUUGUCAAGAACUGGCAGCAGAGGUACUUUGUGCUGAAAGGGCAACACCUGUAUUACUACAAGGAUGAGGAGGAACUCAAGCCCCAGGGCUGCAUGCAGCUCCAUGGCAGCGCCAUCCAGGAGGCUGCUGCCACCUCUGAGGAAGUUGGGAGGUUCAUCUUUGAAAUAAUCCCAGGGGUCUCUGGAGACCAGAACAAAACAGGACAAGACUCUUACGUUCUAAUGGCCAGUUCGCAAUCCGAGAUGGAAGAAUGGGUUAAAUCGCUCCGGAGAGUGGCUGGAUCCCCAUUAGGAGUGGUUUUUGGCCAACAGCUAGUGGAGACCAUGGUGUAUGAACAGAAGUUUGGCCAGCAGCUCGUGGUCCCCAUACUGGUUGAGAAAUGUGCAGAGUUCAUAAGGAAGCAUGGCCUGAAAGAAGAAGGCAUCUUCCGGCUCCCUGGCCAAGACAACCUGGUGAAGCAACUGAGGGAUGCUUUUGAUGCUGGAGAGAGGCCAUCGUUUGACAAAGAUACAGACGUCCACACAGUGGCUUCUUUGUUUAAACUCUACCUAAGGGAACUUCCUGAACCGCUCAUACCUUGGACACAGUACGAGGACUUCCUCUUGUGCGGUCAGCUUCUGACGGCUGAUGAAAGAAAGGGUCAGCAGCAGCUAGUGAAGCAACUGGCUUGCUUACCCCAGGACAAUUAUAACCUCCUCAGUUACAUCUGCAGGUUCCUGCAUGAAAUCCAGCAGAACUCCACCACCAACAAGAUGAGUGUGGAGAAUUUGGCCACGGUCUUUGGUGUCAAUCUCAUCAGACCCAAAGUGGAGGAUCCUGCAUCUAUCAUGAGAGGUACUCCCCAGAUCCAGAAGGUCAUGACGACGAUGAUCAGUGACCAUGCAAAGCUCUUUCCUGUGUCCAAAGAUGUGGCCCUUCCUCCCUCUCUCCAGAAGAGCGACUCCAAGAAGGCCUCCGUGUCCCGCAGCACUGUCGGCUGGGAUGCAGCCCCACUUCCACUCAUGCCCAGGGCAGAAAACAGAACCCCAUGGCAAGCAAAAGAUGAUCUAGAAGCUUCCAGCCCUGAACUAACUGGCAGGUCAGAUCCAUCAGCAGAAGAUAACGGAGAGCCACUACCCCAAGACGUUCUGGGAAUGUGGACGACACAGUCUCGGAAAAGAACUCAGACUCUUCCCAACAGGAAAUGCUUCCUGAAUGCGUCCCCCACCCAAGGGAAGCAAAGCACUGACGGAACGGACAUUUUCAGUAGUGACUUUUGGUUGUCGUCAUCACCUUCCAUAGUGCAGCCCAGCCCAGCUUCUUCAGCGGGUGGCCAUAAAAGGACAUUGUCCCAAGGACUUUCUAAGUGGUUCAUUUUUCCACAGGCUUCAAACUCUGACAAAAUCCGUAGCUCCCCAGUAGAAACUAGGAAACAGACCUGCGAGAGCCCUUUGACCUCAGUUAGUGAUAUUUCGGGGAAGGGUUUGCUACCUAGUGAAAGUUCCAGCCCUGGGCAAGAGCCAGUUGGAGUGCCAGACCUCAGUCCAGAAGGCAAGAGCUCUCCUCCAGAGGACCCCAAGGCACUUAGGAAGGUUAUUAUGGAACUGAAAAAAGAGAUGGAGACACAGAAAAAGGACUAUGAGGAGCAAAUUAAGAGCCUCGAGAAGGAAAACUAUGACGUCUGGGCCAAAGUGGUGAGGCUAAACAAAGAGAUUGAGAAAGAAAAGGAAAAAAUUGCAGAAUUGGAAAGUAAGCUUCAGAACGUCGAGUGUUCCUGUGGUAAUGUUGAGGAGAAGAACAAACUUCUAGAGGACUCUCUAAAAUCCAUGAGCCAGUUGGCAGAAAACCCCAAAUAGGGGAGAAAGGAUAGCUCUUUGAGGGCAAACCAACAAUGCCCCCUGCAGGGGAGGACAGUGGAUGCUUCUUCUUUGAAGAACCGGGUCCUCUGGCAGGCCUGGUGGAGUCUGUCUGGUGGGUUCAUGAAGCUCCUCCUUUCUCCAAUACUGGCCAGCACAAGGUGCUUGAGAGAGGCAGACUCUACAAGAAGGCCACUUGCCAUAAUCCUGGCACCAAGGGCCGUGAUCCUUGCGGACUCCCACUGAUUAAAAAUACCCCUAUGACCACCCGAAAUACAAGAGCUGGUCCCUUAGCUUUCUUCUUCUUA